UUUUUACAUUAAAUUUUUGUUCAUGCAGAAGACAGUAAAAUGGCAUCAAAAUCAUUUAUUAAAAAAAAGCAUACAAACAAAAAUAAUGCUUUUUGGUGUGCCCCUAGAAAAGUAAAGAGCACAACUGAUGUAAUAAAGCUUGAUAGUUUGUUAACGUUAAAUAAAAAACCAAAAAAAAAACGUUGUAGGAAAGUGCGAAAACAUGUAAAAAAGGUGAGACGUAUCGAAAUCCUGGCUAAGCCUAAAUCUGCAAAGCAUCGACCAGAAUAUAAUAAAAUGACAGAAGUGUUCCCAACAAAACUAGCUGAUCUCAUUUCUCCUCGGAAAAUUUCGAAGCCAAACAAACUGAAAACAAUGAAAAAUAUACCGGAAAAUUUUAUAAUUAAAUCCAGGAAAAAGAAUUCUCCGCGGAUCAUGCUGCCUAAGAAAAUAGGUCUUCGAUUAUUCUCUCUAGUGACGAAAAGGCUUAAGGAAUUAACAAACUCUAAAAGCGUAUAAGAAGAAAUUACAGAAACUAUGAUAAACGUGAAGAUAAUCAACUGAAUUAAAAAGUGGUAUCACCUCUAACUGUUGCGUAGCAUCUUGGAAAAUUAAAUCACUGUAAGGUGGCGGACUGUAAAACAUACUAAAGCUAAAUUCGUCCUGCUCCUUUCUACCGUAAAACUGUUGGGCAUAAAUGAAUAAAUUGAU